GGCAAGAGGAAAAGAGCUGAGUUUAUAUCGAGUGCGGUCUGGCUUUGGACGUAACUGGGACGCUCACUGUAAAAUUAGUACUCGAGCGGAUAUUAUCGUGAGAAUGCAAUAAGUGGUUCUGAUUUGAUUUGUUUCUUGUGUUUAGUGAAUUAAAUUAUUGUUAUGGUUUGUGAAAAAUCAUGCGGUUGCGGGGCGUUUUGUCGCCGUUUAUUUUGCCGCGCCCGUCCCACGGAGUGUAGUGAUAAGGAAGAUGCUCAAUUGACUUUGAAUCAGUUAUCAGAAGCUCGGGAUGUCAAGUUCACGCAGAAUCUAACGGAACCGCUCUCUAUUGGAUCUCAUAUUAUUUGUACUGGAACUCCUAGCGACGAUCUGCCAUGGUUCGCAGUAAACAUAGGUUGUGGGGACCCGUCUCGAAGCGAUAUAGCGAUUCAUUUCAAUGUACGACUGCCACAGUGUUACGUGGUGCGAAAUACAAAGAGGCAUGACAAAUGGGGUAUGGAAGAAACCACGGCAUAUAGGUCGUUCCCCUUUAAAAUAGACCGUCCGUUUACGAUUGAGGUUCUAAUAGACGAAAAGGAGGCUUUAUGGGCCAUUGAUGGCGAGCAUUACUGCAGUUACGCCCACAGAAAUCCGAGCCCACUGAACGCCACGUGGGUUCAAGUGACAGGAAUACGAGACGCUGCCUUGAAAAUACAGAAAACUGACAUAUACCCAACUCUAUCGCCGCCUCCACUAGCAGUACCAAUAAAAUCUGACUCAAAUGACACCAUAGAAGACGAACCGAAAUGGCAUCCAAAUGUCAUAGCGACUAUUGCUGACGGAAUCCCAGAGGGACACCAAAUCGUUAUACGCGGACGACUACGUCCAAUGCUACACUCGUUCACUAUAGACUUGUUGGAUGUAGCUCGCGAAUGGCCACGUGGGAACAUACUCCUUCAUGUGAACGUCCGAGCUCAUGUGCAAUCACAGAUGUCCAGGCAGCUAGUCGUAUUGAACGCGUGGCUUGGUGCGUGGGGACAGGAGAGGAGACAGAGAACGGCUAAACUGAUUCCUGGUACUGAGACGACAUUUCGAAUCGUCCGUGGCGGUAUAGUAUGGUCUGUGUACGCCGACGACAUUCUCAUUGGAGAACUCGAUUUCCGGGGAUCCCCCAAUGGUGUGAAAGCUAUAAGGAUACGAGGCGACCUCUACCCAGACAGCGUCUAUCUCUCUCUAGCGACUUCAUCUCCAAUAGAGGAAAAAGAUAAACCUACCAUCUAAUAAUAUUCUUCUACGUGCACUCAUACUUAUUUGGUAAGCCUUAAAUGCUUGAAGCAUACUUAUAAUUCUCACUUAAACAUUAACACCUUUUGUAUUAUGACUGCCUGACAAAUUAUACCUUAUGAAGUACUUUUUUAUAUUUUUCACUGUUAAAAACAUUCUUUUUAUAGCAAUUAUUUGUGUGAUUUCUGUGAGAAUGUUUGAAAAUAUUUUUUUUUCAAUAUAUCUUUGUGAUGCCUGAACCAGAAAUAUAAAUAACUAUUGAAGAUUAGAUUAAAAAUCAGAAAUCACAACCACAAAUUACAUAUGACGGUGUGAGUAGGUUAAAAAUGUUAAAUUUAUAUUGAUAUAAGUUAAAAUGUUUAUUUAUUAUUUUUUUUUUAUAAAAUAUAUAUAUUUUAUAUAUUAUAACUCUUUAGAAUAUUUAAGAAUCAAAGUAAUAUAGCAACUUUUUUGUUAUACAAAUAAAAAAUAUAUUCUAAUUUGAUAUUAAGAUCUAUAUUGUUUUCUUAUCGUUUUAACUAAAAUCAAUAAUUGGUAAUGUUUAUUAAAACUAAAAAAAUAAUGUCAAUGAAUUAUACAUAAUUAUUGAAAAAUGAGAGCUAUUUAUAAUUUAUAAAUAUAGAUUGAAGGAAUUAAUGUCUUUUAAUGAAAUUAAUCUGUGUGAUAUUGCCGGCUCCACUAUUUAUUAUCUAUGCUUUGAUUUAAAUUUUUGUCGAAGCUUAAUGAAUUUCAUUUAUGCAGCCACAAGAAACUAUGAAGUGUACUUAUAUUUAUAAAAAUAUUAAUUACCACCAAAUUGUACUCACGAAAAGAACUUAUGAAUCUGAUAAUAAACUGUAUUAUUUAUUUUUAUAUUUAAGAGUCUGAUAAUAAGCUAAUCAAUUAAUUUUUAGCUUUUAAGGAAAAUAUAUAAUGCAAGCCAUAUAUUGACUUUUAAUAUAAACAUGGAGUUAAUGCUUAUAAUGUUUUUGUACAUGUUUUUUAGUUUACAAGUGACCUGAUUUUUUGCGGCCUUAACUUGUUGAAUAUAUGUAUUUUUACAAAAAGAAUAAAA